AAACGGGUCGGAGUGUUUUUCUUGAAAAACUCGAAUUUAGGAGGGGCGGUGCGUACCAGACGUGUUGGUCAAAAACAGUUUCUAGUUACAACAAAGUUGGGGAAGACAAAGAGAUCCUUGAUCAUAUAAAAGGGACUCUAAUGAAUGGGGUAAGAAAGAGAAUCCUCCAUUUCUUCCCCCUCUCUACUCGUUGACGGGAUUGCUCUCUUUUCAUUUCCAUUUCUUCGCCAUUUUUGUCGCUAUACAACUUCUCUGUUGCAUUCAAGCAGGAACAGGAUUCAGGAUUCACAUUGUAAGGUUUGAUCAUGGAUAGUCUCUGCUUGAAGGCAGGGGUUCAGGGGGUUUCCUCGCCGAUCGCAGUCUCCGCCGGUGCUGCCAGAUUGGAAUUCCGUACUGCUCGCCCCUCCCAGGUUACUGCCUCGGCCGUCGGACGGUCUUUGGCGGUGGACGAGCCCUCCUCCUCCCCCUGGGGGUUCUCGUUCCGCCAUUCGCUUAAAUCGCUCUGGCCUAAGACCCGCUACGACGCCGUUACGGUUGAUAGCCCAAUUUUGGCUGAGGAAAAGGAGGAUUCGAGAGUUGCUCGUCCGAGCGGAAAUUGGGCAACUAAGAUCCUCAGCUUGGGAAGUCCGCCGGCGGAGGAAGAAGAGGCGAAACUCGGUGGUGGAUUUGGCGAAUCGGAUGCUAGAUUCCAACGCAAAAUUGAUAUUGCCGAUGAAAACAUCGGCGCCGGUGUUGGUGGCGCAGAUGACGAUUGCGAUGUCUGCCAUGUUGAUGAUGAUGAUCAGGCUAAUAUAGAAUUCGACAGAGAUUCUUUCUCCAAAUUGCUACGCCGGGUGUCAUUAGCGGAUGCUAGAUUGUAUUCGAAGAUGGCGUAUCUAGGAAAUUUGGCUUAUUCUGUAGCUCAGAUCAAGUCUGAGAAUCUUCUAAGGCGUCACAAGCUACGCUUCAUCACCUCAUCAUUGGAGAAGAAACAGCUUGCAUUGGAAGCUGAGAGUAGAACGGGCCUAGUUGAAGAAGAUCAACUUAAAAAAGAGAAUGAAGUUGCUAAAGCCAAUGUAGCUGAAGGGGGUGAAGAAAUGAACGUUAAAGGAAAUGGAGUGAAGCCAUCUGCUGUUUACAGGGCAGCUUCAUACUUGUAUUCUCAUACCACGGGCUUCCUACCUUUCAAAUCUUCCCAGUCUGAUGGGGAUGAGCUUAAGAGGAGUGCCGUCAGAAGUGAUGUGAAUAUGGAUCUCAUGAAUGGGGAAGUAGCUUCAUUCAUGGCCACUACUGACUCUGUGACUUCAGUAGUGGCUGCAAAGGAGGAAGUGAAGCAGGCUGUUGCAGAUGACCUGAACUCAACACAUUCAUCACCAUGUGAGUGGUUUGUUUGUGAUGAUGAUCAGAGUGGGACAAGAUUUAUUGUCAUUCAGGGGUCUGAGACACUUGAAUCGUGGCAAGCCAAUCUUCUUUUUGAACCUGCUCAGUUUGAGGAGCUAGAUGUGCCUGUGCACAGAGGUAUUUAUGAGGCUGCAAAAGGAAUGUAUGAACAAAUUCUGCCAGAAGUGCGUGCCCACAUUAAAUCCAGAGGAAACCAUGCGAAAUUUCGUUUCACUGGACACUCACUUGGAGGCAGUUUAUCAUUACUUCUAAAUCUUAUGCUCCUAAUAAGAGGCGAAGUCCCCCCUUACUCUUUACUCCCCAUUAUAACUUUUGGUUCACCAUCGAUUAUGUGCGGGGGAGACCGCCUCCUAAGAAAACUUGGACUGCCCCGAAGUCAUGUCCAAUCAAUCACAUUGCAUCGUGACAUUGUACCCCGAGCCUUUUCUUGCAAAUAUCCCAAUCAUAUUGCAGAGUUUCUUAAAGCUGUCAAUGGUAACUUCCGCAACCAUCCAUGUCUGAAUAAUCAGAAGCUGUUGUAUGCUCCAAUGGGAGAAUUGUUUAUCCUUCAGCCAGAUGAAGAGUUUUCCCCAAGCCACCACCUGCUCCCUACAGGCUCUGGUCUAUAUCUAUUAAGCUGCGCAGCGGGUGGUGAUGCCACCAGCAAACCAGAGAAGCUCAUCCAAACGGCUCAGGCUGUGUUUUUAAAUACACCACACCCACUUGAGAUACUUAGUGACCGGGCAGCUUAUGGUACAGGAGGAACCGUCCAAAGAGACCAUGACAUGAACUCGUACAUCCAAUCCAUCCGGGCCGUUAUCCAUCAAGAACUGAACCGCAUCAGAAAAUCCAGGAAAGAACACAUGAAGACUAUCAGAGUUUGGUGGCCAUUUGUGGGAGCAGGAGGGACUAAUGUUGUGAGGACAUCGUCUGGUAAGAUCGGGGAAAGACGGUUUAGGUUUGCAGGAAUGUUAAUGAGGAGUGGGAGGGACUCUUUUAAACGUUUCAGCACUCUGGUGGCUUCCCAGCACAUGCAUUUUCUUGUGGUGUUUUUGUUCCCCGCCUGUUUGCUGGUGUUGAAGGUAGUUUAGGAAACUUGUAAUUUGUGAGUGUAAACUGGAAUGGGGGAAGAUGCUUUUCGCACACCAAGUUCUGUGCAUGAAAGCGCCUAGUGUACAAGGUGUACAACAUAAAUGGCAACCCUAUGGAAUCUGGGGAAGAUGGUGGAUGGUUUAGACCAUUUGAAGCAAAAGAUGUGAUGUUCCCUGGUUUUGAGAAGGGGAUAUAUGGGAUUCGUUGAAUCUUUUAGGAUUUAUUAGUGUUGUACUCUAAAUGUAUGAUAAUAGUGCCCUGUCAUAUAGGUUGUACAAUAUACAUACACAAUGAAGGUAAGAAUACAAUUACCGUAGCAGUCCUGCUCCUCUUUUGUUCUCUCAUUACAUCAUCACUGUAUGUAUUGUAAACUAAGGAGAAUCAUGCUCGGGUUCCAGUUCUGGUAACUAUGUUAAGAGAAUCAUGCUCGGAUAGUGUGCUUGUAAAUUACCAGGCACACAAAUUUGCUCAUAAACUUAAGUUGAGUCCCUGAUGAUUGUUGGGCCCGUAGUGAGGAUACUGAAUAUUGAUUAAUUCGUGUUUUUUAAUCAAAAUGUAGGUAAACUUGGAUCCUAGUAUCUUGGCAACAACUUAUCUACAAGAUAAAAUCUCCGGAUUUAAUAUAUACGAAGUACUAUAUAUCUUCAUGGACCUGGAAGAAGUGUACUCUUUAAUUUUAUCGAAU